AUGAAGACCGCUCGAAAAUCGUCAAAUAAUAUCAUGAGGAAAUAUUAUCAGCUGAUUCUUGUUGUUGUGUGUUUUAUAAGUAUUGUUACUCUUCUUAUUUACCGACAUGAAUAUUAUCGUCUAAGGUAUGUUUUAGAAGUGCUCAAUUUCUUCGGAAAACCAGGAUUAUCUGAAGUUGAAUUCUGUGGGCCCGGUUUCAAUGCUACUAUGCUUUCGGAGAUUCUACGUAACUCUUCCAUGGAGGUACGUGAGACGCCACCUCUAUUCCAGCAAAUCGACGAAAAUUUUUAUUCAUAUUCAUCAUUUCUGCGAUCAUAUAACAAAUAUGAGAAACUCGAAAUAACCGAAGCACACAUUAUUAAUACUAUUGUGAUCGGAAAAGCGCAUGUGCAACCUCGUUUUCGUUGCAAUAUAUGGUUCGAAAAUAGUUCUAAGCCUAAAGCUGGUAGAUUUAGCUUUAAAGCAGCUUCGGAAAUAAUAAGUGAUUAUCAGUUGUAUAUAUUUGAAUGUUCUCUGAGCAAAAAUCUCGGAAAACCAUCUGGGAUAAGCUUUUAUGUUAACGACUACAACAUAAAUCCAAUGCAUGCACCGAUAAACAAAGUUAUCCAAGUGAACACUAGACGGAAAGUCCGAGAGAGGAGCAGUAUUAAAUUCGUUAAUAAUAUUGAACCAGCUUUCUGUGUAAUACCAAAUCAUGUGCCAAUAGUAUCGAGAGAUGCGUUUAUAGAGUUUCUCGUAUUCCAUCAUAUUAUGGGAGUAAAUUAUUUCACAAUAUAUGAUGGGAUGAUAUCCGAAGAUGUCAUCAAAAGGUUGAAUUUGUUCCCAUCCGAUAUAACUCAAUGGGAUAUACAAUUUUUCCCUCUAAAUUACCCGUUUGUGUUUGCGAAGUCCUACAAGAUCGUUAGGAGGGCUAUUGAAUUGGAUUGUCUGUUUAGACAUUAUAAAUAUGAUAAAGAGGAGUCAAGUAAAGUAAGCCAUGUAGCUGUUCUUUCAUGGGAUGAAUUUUUGGUGCCGAGAGUACACAAUAGUUUUAAGGCGGUUUUAGAUGACUUUGAUCCUAUACGAGCUCUCAGAACAUAUACCGUAGAGCCUUUGUUAUUCUGUUUAAAUCAAAUUGAUGAUGAUAAUGUAGAAAUCGGAUAUCCGGCAAUCAUGAAGAAAACCCAUUAUUAUAAUAUACCACAAGACAAAGUGCCAAUACACAUAAGGAAUUUAGAAACCAUGACAAACUUUGAUGAUUUAUUUAAUCUAACAACGAGUAUUAAGAAAAUACCACUAGAGUUACUCGGAGCUCAUAAGUAUAGUGUGUGCCGAGAUUUGAAAACUUUCAGCCCUGGCGGUUAUAAUGAAACUGAAAUGCAGGUUUUCCAACACAAAUUCGAAGGUGCUAUGAUUAAAUAUGGACAGAGUCUUGUUAGCAAUAAAGUGUAUAGAUUGUAUACUUCCGGACAGAUAUGGGAGAAAAAUUCUAUAGAUAAUGUUAGAGAUAUGUUAUAA